AUGCCAGGAUUCAGCUACAGACAACCCACUGCACGCUCUCGCAGCGACAACAAUGACUUCGACCGAAGUGGGAGAACUAUGCAAGACGACUCUUCUGGCAGCGGCAGCGGCGACGCGUCUUCCAAGACAUUCGGUCGAGGAAUCGUCGCCGACUUUAAGCGUACCAUUGGAACCCACUGGGUCAAGGAAAUGACCAACUUCAAUACCAAGACCGUCGCUGUGUCUUUCUUCCUUUUCAUUGCUGUCAUCGCGCCUACCAUUACAUUCGGAGCCGUGUACGCCAAGGCUACCAACAACUACAUUGGAGCCGUCGAGCUGCUUUUGGCCACUGCCUGGUGCGGAAUCUUCUACUCUUUGGUCUCUGGACAACCAAUGAUGAUCAACGGAGGAACCGGUCCAGUUCUUACCUUCCAAACUGUCUGUUAUGAUAUCGCCAAGAAUCUGGAUGUUCCCUUUCUGACUUUCAAUGCAUGGAUCGGUAUCUGGGUCUGCUUCUACCAAGUGAUGGCUGCCUUCUUUGAUGCCAACCGUCUCAUCAAGAAGGCCACUCGCUUCACCGACGAAACAUUUGCUCUAUUGAUUGUGUCCAUCUUUAUCUUGGGUGCCGUUGGAAACCCUUCCUCCAAGGUCGGUCUCUUCCACUACUUCGGUACCGACCAUCCACACCACGAAGAUAUGAUCGAAGGAGAUUCUGAAUACGACUACAUGACCGUGGCUCUUCUCAGUUUGAUUCUCGGUUUGGGUACUGCCUUCCUCGCCAUUGGACUUCGUCAGAUCAAGUUCUCCGCCUUUUGCUGCAACGACUACAUCCGCACUGUCAUCACUGACUUUGCCAUUACCAUUUCGGUUGUUGUGAUGACCGCCUUGAAACACACUGUCUUUGACGAUGUCGAAACCGAAGAGCUCAAGGUCCCAGACACCUUUGCCACCUCCUUUUCUUGCUGUACCGAAGAUUGUACCAGCUACUGGCCUACCGAAUGUCCUGAUCAAGCGGAAGCAUGGGGACGUCGACCAUGGCUUGUUGACUUGUUUGAUCUGAAUGACAAGAUCUACGUCAUCUUCGUCGCUGCUGGACUUGGUAUCCCUGCCUUCAUCUUGACCUUUUUGGAUAACGGAAUCACCUGGCACAUUGUCAACCACCCAAGUAACAGACUUUCCCACGGAGACGCCUACAACUACGACACUUGCAUCUCUGCCAUCAUGGUGUUGGUCAACUCUUUGCUCGGUCUGCCUUGGUUGGUCGCCUCUACCGUCCCGUGUAUCAUGCAUAUCACUGCCAUGCAAGAGAAGAACACCAAGGGAGAAGUCAAAUACAUCCAAGAAUCCCGCUUGACCGGUUUCUUCACCCACGUUUUGGUGUUGGCGUGUAUCUUUGCCCUUUCUGUGAUUCGAUUGAUUCCUUUGCCAGUGCUGUACGGAGUGUUCUUGUUCAUGGGAUUGGUUGCCUUGCCCGGUCAACAGUUCUGGCAACGAUUCUUGUUGUUCUUCCAACAGCCUACCAAGAUGGACAAGAACCACUACACCAAGAACAUUCCUGUCAACCGCAUCCACAAGUACACCUUGGUUCAAUUCUUCUUCUUCGCCGUGGUUUGUGUCGUCCGUGAGAUCAAGGCAAUUUCGAUUGCCUUCCCAGUGAUGGUUUUGAUGUGUAUUCCCGCCCGUUUGUACUUGCACCCCCGUUUGUUUUCGGAGGACGAGUUGAUCUUGUUGGAUGGUUCACCCGAAGAAAUCGAAGACUGGUUACACAAGCAAGACCCUGAAGAAAAGGGCGCUGAUAAGAUUUCGAAGUCUGCACAAGCUCAGCACGUUGCUGACAAUGGCCUCGAGCUGCCUUCGCAUUUGGAUGCUGAGGACGACGUCCAACAUGCCUAG